AUGAUGCGCCCACGGCCUGCGUCUUCUAUGCAGAAGACGUACGAUGAGUGCUAUCUCUUGUGCUCCACUGCCGUCUACUUCGAAGGCCAGAACAACGAGGAGGAAGCAUUAAGAUCCUGGCGAUCAGCUCUCGAUACUAUUUACCACCACAAUGCCCGCCGGGUCUCGUCGACCUAUACUCCAAAAUCCGAAACCGAGAAGGCCCUGCAGGAUUCCAUCCGUGCGCUGGAGGUCCAAUGCCGCGAGCGAGUCGAUCUUCUAGCAGCACUGCGGGAGAGCCGAAAAGAGUCCGACAACAACGGCGCUAAAGAAGGCCCUACAACGCUGACCAAGGGCAAAUCUUCCAACUACACACCUAGUCCUUCCUCCAACCCUCCUGGCUGGAUCGGAGACGGCACCAUCCCCGCCGUCGGCUAUACAGAUCUCUCCAAACCGGCCGCUAUACCAGGCCGACCACAUCCUCCCUCGAUGGCGCGACGAGAUACCGAUCCUCCUGCGGUAUAUGAUGACCCUUCACAUUCGGGUCCGUCGCUUAGCGCCGCACCUGCACUGCGCGUGGAAUCCAACUCUUCGGGCAAGACGAAAUCCCGCGGCUCCAGCCCUGAGCGACGGAAGGGAAUGCUGACGACAUUACGCAACACCGACGGGAAAAAGAACGGCAAGAAAAGCAAGAUCGGUUCCAAGAAGGACUCGCGGCCGGCCGCUUCCAAAGCUGCGGGUUUGGCAUGGGGCAACCUGUACCGAUCUUCGUCAGCGAGCGAGAAAACGGUGAGCGACGCGGCGCUGGCUUCGUCGCGAUCGACCGCUGCCCACGACCCUAGUGUGCGGCGUGAUCCAGAGCCAAGAACGAGUUCUGGCGAAGAGCCUGCCUCUGUCAGAAGGUCUCUACAGAAGAAUCAGUCGUCGGAUCGGAUUCCUGCGGCGAAUUGGCGAGAGCCUAGUCGUUCGUCCCCGGCUCGGCCAUCUCCUCGCCCUCUGGUCCAGGCGCCGGUUCUGCGCCCUCAGCCUUCGCCUGAUCACCGCAGGGCUCCCCCGCCUGUGCCGGUGCACAUGCCAGAUCCUAAGGAUUACACGUCUAGCUAUCCGCCCAGACCAUCUGUCAAACCUAAGCCUGCCGGGUUACGAACCUCACUUCCGCCUCCGCCUCGUGUGACACAGGUCAAGUCUGAAGGCAGCUCUCGGGCGACAACACCGCGACAGGAUCGCGAGACAAAUGUGUCGAGUAGUAAGCCGCGGACCAAAUCUGCGCCACGCAUUACUAAGACCGAGCCAUCAUCCUAUAUAUCACCAUCCUCCGGGAGUGAUGACAUUCAGCGCGGAGUUGACCGGAUGUCUGUUUCUGCUGCGAACGGCGGCGCUGUUCGGCGCAAAGCAGCUCCACCUAAACGUCGCGAGACACCACCAUCAAGUGAUCAAGAUUCCUCGGGACAGCGGUCUGACAAUGAAGCCGAGGAUGAGGAUGAAGACGAAGAUAACAAUGAUAUUGUCAAUAUCUUGAAUAAGCUUCCUAAGGGCGUGGACCUACAAUCAGCACAACAGAUUCUGAAUGAUAUCGUCGUGCGCGGUGAUGAAGUCCAUUGGGACGACAUCGCCGGUUUAGAGGGAGCCAAAAAGGCUCUCAAAGAAGCAGUCGUUUACCCAUUCCUUCGACCAGACCUUUUCUCAGGCCUCCGGGAACCAGCACGUGGAAUGUUACUCUUCGGGCCGCCCGGCACAGGAAAGACCAUGCUUGCGCGGGCAGUAGCUACAGAAUCCAAGUCCACUUUCUUCUCCGUCUCCGCCUCAAGCCUCACAUCAAAAUGGCAUGGCGAGAGUGAGAAGCUCGUGCGUGCCCUAUUUGGACUUGCAAAAGUCCUCGCCCCAUCCAUCAUCUUCGUCGACGAAAUCGACUCUCUUCUAUCUGCACGUUCUUCUGGCACCGAGAACGAGGCCUCGCGUCGGUCAAAGACUGAAUUCUUAGUCCAGUGGUCUGAUCUUCAGCGCGCUGCCGCGGGCCGGGAACCAACGGCAAGGGAUAAGAAGGAAGGUGAUGCGGGUCGUGUUCUCGUAUUGGCAGCUACGAACCUGCCUUGGGAUAUUGACGAGGCUGCACGCCGCCGUUUUGUUCGGAGACAGUACAUUCCCCUGCCAGAGCACCAUGUGCGCGAGCAGCAGAUACGCAAGCUGCUCGGGCAUCAGCAUCAGACGCUGAGCGAUGCGGAUAUCCAGGUCCUGGUCCAUGUCACAGAAGGCUUCUCCGGUUCAGACAUUACAGCAUUAGCCAAAGACGCCGCGAUGGGCCCACUCCGCAAUCUCGGCGAAGCACUCCUCCACACACCAAUGGAUCAGAUCCGACCCAUCUUCUUCGAAGACUUCGAAGCAAGCUUGUACUCUAUCCGGCCCAGCGUAUCACAUGACGGGCUACGCAAGUAUGAAGACUGGGCAAAGGAGUUCGGUGAAAGAGGUGGUUAG